GGGCUGACAGAGGUCGCCGACCCCGGCCUUCGCCGGCGCAGCCCCGGCUCCCUCAGGUGCAGGAAGCACCUGGGUGGAGGCCUCCUCCAGGAGAGCCAGAGAUGGCAUCAGUAGACUUCAAGACCUACGUGGAUCAAGCCUGCAGGGCCGCUGAGGAGUUUGUCACCGUCUACUGCACCACCAUGGAUCAGCGGAGGGGUCUGCUGUCCCGCCUCUACAGGGGCACAGCCACCCUGGUGUGGAAUGGAAAUGCCGUUUCAGGACAAGAGUCCUUGAGUGAGUUUUUUGAAAUGUUGCCUUCCAGUGAGUUCCAAAUCAAUGUGGUUGACUGCCAGCCUGUCCAUGAUGAAGCCACCCCAAGCCAGACCACAGUCCUCGUUGUGAUCUGGGGAACAGUGAAGUUUGAAGGCAACAAACAAAGGGACUUCAACCAGAACUUCCUUCUGACUGCCCAGGCCUCACCUAGCAACACAGUGUGGAAGGCAGCAAGUGAUUGCUUCCGGUUCCAGGACCGGGCCAGCUAG